AUGCGAUGGCUAGUUGGGCUCGCAUUGGCCUCCGUGGCGCUGGCUGGCGAGUAUGACUUCACCGUGGAAGUGCCUCCCGGGAAGUUCCAGUGCUUCUUUCAACCCGUCACGAACCCCAAUCACAAAUCGAUAGAAGUGGAUUAUCAGGUGGUAGAUGGCGGCGAUCUGAACAUCAACUUCAUGCUGUUGCUCGGAGCUGAGGUGCUGAUCCAAGAAACGAUGAAGACCGACGCUAGCCACAAGGUUGAGAUCAAGCAAGUCGGGGAUUAUCAAGUGUGCUUCGACAAUUCCUUCAGCUAUCAAUCUCGCAAGGUCGUCUUCUUCGAAAUCUUCCUCUACGAUCAAGCAGGGAACCUGGAUGACUUCGAUUACGUGAAAGCUGGACUUCAGGACGACCGGCUGAAGCAGCGAAUGGCCGAUUUGGGGGUUACCGUCGAGAUUUUCCACGGCGCUGCAACAAGAAUCAAGAACAACUUCAACAAGAUGGAAUAUCACCAGGCCAUUCUCAGGGCUCAUGAAGCACGUGAUCGAUCCGUGAUGAACGCAAAUUUGGACCGAGUCUCGUUUUGGUCGAUCGUCAACUCCCUUGUGCUUAUAUUCGUCGGCGGGAUCCAGGUUUACAUGAUUCGCAGUCUCUUCGAGGAGAACUCCAAGGUCGGCCGCUUCCUCCGCAAGGGCACCCACCAGGAU